GUUGGUCUGAGAAACUCCAAGUGUAAAUCUCUUCCGUAGGGGCAACAUACUUGUUAUAUUUAAUCUUGCCGUAUCCCUCUCUCCUUCCACUUUCAUUGGCUCGUCUCGAUCCCCUGGCGCUUGCUUCCCCAGGUGUUGGUGGAUCGCCAAAGAUGCACGCAAUAUUCUGAGUAUCUUCUCGCUUUCUGUUUACCUUUUUUACUUGUUUUCUAGGAGAGCAAACUAAAGGGUGAUGGGGAACUUGCUGCUGGGAUGCUCAGCCGCCGGGGAACGGCUGGUGACGGCGGCGAGGGACGGAGACGUGAUUGAGGCGCAGAAGCUCGUGGAGAUGAAUCCUGGUCUCGCUAGAUACGCAACGUUUGCCGGUAUCAGCUCGCCGUUACAUGCGGCCGCCGCCAGAGGCCAUGCUGAGAUUGUGAUGAUGUUGCUGGAGAAGGGAGCAAACUUGAACUCGAAGAACAUUUGGUGCCAUACUCCAUUGAUGGAAGCAUGCUGCAGUGGUCGAUGGGAGGUAGUGCAGAUUCUACUGCUCUUCAGGUGCAACGUAUCGAAAGUGGAGCUCUUGAGUGGCAGAACGGCACUUCACUUUGCAUCUGCUGGUGGACACGCUCGAUGCAUUAGACUGCUGGCUGCAGAUUUUUGUCCUGGUUUUUCUCUUUCUACAGAAACCGAUUCUUUUGCGCUCACAAGGUUCAUCAAUAAGGCCGCAAAUGGUGGCAUAACCGCCCUCCACCUAGCUGCACUAAAUGGGCACUCAGAUUGUGUGCAUCUGCUACUUGAUGUGCAUGCCAAUAUCUCAGCCGCGACGCUCUCUUAUGCAUCUUCGGCAAUGGCAAUAGGGGCUGGAAGCACACCUUUGCAUUAUGCUGCAUGUGGUGGAAACCUCAAGUGCUGCCAGGUUCUUCUCGCUCGAGGAGCAAGAAGAACUGCUGUGAAUUGCAAUGGGUGGCUUCCAGUUGAUGUUGCAAGGAUUUGUGGAUCUCAUUGGCUUAUACCCUUGCUAACACCCCAUUCUAGCCAAUUAGUCCCUGCCUUUCCUCCAUCAAACUACUUGCCCUUGCCUCUCAUGAGCAUCCUGCAAAUAGCAAGAAUUAACGGUUUGCAUUCUUCAACUUCCUCUUGUGCUGAGAGCGACCUAUGUGCCGUUUGCUUGGAGAGAACUUGCACGGUAGCUGCUGAAGGUUGCGGUCAUGAACUCUGCACAAGGUGUGCACUGUGUCUUUGCUCGACAAGCAGCAUCGACUCGGAGAUGUCAACACCACCUAGUUCAGUUCCCUGUCCUCUCUGUAGGAAAGGGAUCGUAUCUUUUGUAAGCUUGCCGACAACUGAAAUGGAGGCAGGCCAAGGCAUUAGCCUCUGCAGCAAAUGCAGUGGUCAAUGCCAGAAUCCAUUUGCUACAGCCUGUGGAUCUGAGUUGUGUAGGAACCCGUUUGAGAUAGUUCCUCCAGCACUUUGUGGGGGAGUUUCCUCAAGGACAUAUCGCAAUGAAUGAUUGGCACAUUCUUUUAUAUGAAUGUAGAAGAAAGCUUGUGAAAGAUUUGGUUUGUAAAUUCUUACUCGAGGCGCAUGGCUUUUACUCUGUAUUCUCAUUUGUGAAAAGAUGGUUCAUUAUCUUCUCUAAUUCUUCUGAUUUUAGAUUAACUUUCAUUUCAGAAUGUAACAUAAAUAAACCAACAGAAAAUAUAGCAAUCAAAUUAUCUUUCAUAGUUUCUGCAAGAAAGUAAAGGUCCACCCUUUCUGGUUGCAAAAUAGACGUUAACAAA